AUGGCGUCUCAUUCGGAGCUGCUAGAAUAUUCGUCUCCAGCUAAACGUCGGAAGAUUGACUGUGACGGUCACGGAACUUCUCAGGGGUCGGAACGCGAUUUCGGUGAUUGCAAAGCGUCGCACGAGACGGUCCACAACGAUCUGGAAGAAACUUUGGGUGGCGACAGUGGAUUUACAGAACUUGGCGACGGAACUAAAUCUGCACCAACUACACCAGAAACCAAUCUUGUACCAACACCAGCUCGCACAGAUUCCACAAGUGAAGAUACCAGUUAUCCACCAGACACAGCAAAUGAAAAGGACGACGUAUCGUCGACCGUAUCAAACUUGUCCGAAUUAUCGGGGCUUUCCGAGCUCUCCGGAGAGGCGGAAGACGGACCACAGUGGAGACCCGUUUCUUCUUGGGUUCAGAAACAAAUGCUGACAGGAGCUGAUCCUAGGGAUCUCCUGCAUCAUCUUCUCAUGGAUUCCACACAGAUACCUGAAGAGGUUGAUGACCUCACUCUGUGGAAGAUUAUUUUGAACAUGAUGUCAGAACCACCUAGAAGACAAAAGCUUAGGCAUAUUAAUACACUCAACGAUGUAGUUAGGCUGAUAAAAUCAAGCCGAAAGAUAAUCGUACUGACUGGAGCAGGUGUAAGCGUGAGCUGUGGCAUUCCCGACUUCAGAAGUAGAGAUGGCGUUUACUCUAGGCUAGCACAAGAUUUUCCUAAUUUACCCGAUCCACAAGCAAUGUUCGAUAUAAAUUACUUUGCACAGGAUCCACGACCGUUUUUCAAAUUCGCUCGUGAAAUUUAUCCUGGCCAAUUUAAGCCUAGCCCCUGCCAUAGGUUUAUCAAGAUGUUGGACAAACACAAGAAGUUGCUUAGAAACUACUCGCAAAACAUAGAUACCCUCGAGCAGGUAGCAGGAAUUGAGAAUGUGAUAGAAUGUCAUGGAUCUUUUGCCACAGCAUCCUGUACAAGAUGUAAAUAUCAAGUUAGAGCAGAUGACAUAAGGGAAGAAAUAUUUGCCCAAAAAAUUCCAAUGUGUCCAAAAUGCAAAGCAAACACUUUACCCUCCAUUACGGAAAUGGAUCCGAAUGAUAAUUACAGAGAUCUAGUCAAUCAGGGGAUAAUGAAACCAGACAUUGUAUUCUUUGGGGAGGGACUUCCAGACGUAUUUCACGACGCUAUGGCAAAGGACAAAGAUGACUGCGAUUUAUUAAUUGUUAUCGGAUCUUCUUUAAAAGUAAGACCAGUAGCAUUGAUUCCAUCUUCCAUUCCGUCUCAUGUACCACAGAUUCUCAUAAAUCGAGAACCUCUUCCACAUUUGAAGUUCGACGUAGAGCUAUUAGGCGAUGGAGAUGUCAUAAUCAAUCAGUUAUGUCAUUUAAUGGGGGACAACUACAGUGAAGUUUGUUGGCAAGAUAACCUUCUGAAUGAAGCUACACAAUUAUUGCCAUCUAGGUAUACAGCUGACGAUUCGUGGGAACAAAGUCAGGACACUACUACCAAUCAUGAAUUUUCUCAAGACAGUGUUGAGCUCAAUCUAAAAUCGCAUCACGUGUCAACAGAAAGUCAAGAUAGCCUGAUGAUCAAUGCAAACACAACACCUAAGCACUCCGAAAACACAGAUAUCUGUAUUUCCCCGUUUCAUGCUGGUCACAUGGAAAACGCCGAGGGAUUCACUUUGCUUGGCGAAAGUCCAAAACGACGAUUGGGUGACUCCAGCGUCGAAAGUAGUCCGAAACGAAUGAACUUUGGAAAUAACUCAAGCUCAGAGUUAAUUGAUUCGUCUCUACAGUUGUUGGACAGUAUCGAUUCAAGUCGUGUAUUGGCCACGCGUAAUGAUCGAUUAAUAUCGGUAGAAUCAACGUCAGAAAAUAAUGGACAGAUUCUCAACUUAGAAGAGUGCCAUGUUGUCCCAAGACUUCUCAACUCAAGCUCGUCCAGUACAAAUGAGUCCGCUACCGAAUCACCUGUCACAACAGUCACUUCCACUCCAACAACAAUAAACAAUUUGUCUGUUUCGAUUGAUCGUGACAUUGUAGAUACAGAAAGAAUAAAUUCAAAGGCAAGACAUGUUUCUAUUGACUCAGCGAUGGAUUCUGGUAUGGGAGACAGUUGCAAUAGUGUGGACAGUUCCGAAGAAAAAGUGAUCACUGAUUCUAACGAUGAAGAAAUUACGAAAAGAAAUGAUUUUGAGAGGCGUUGUUGGCAAGCCAAAGUUAGAGAGAGUCUUGCGGCCCGUUUACCAGAUAAUUCCUACUACCAAGCUACAGCUGGUAGGUACAUUUUCCCUGGUGCUGAGGUCUAUUCUGAUCCAGAGGACUAUGAUCAUUGUUCUCUUUCGGCAAAUUCUGAUAGUUCGGAAACUGAUAGCGAUUCAACUUCUGACGACGAAGAAGAGACUUGUGCAGAUGAGGAAUUCUCUGAAGGUGCGGAUAUUGACGGAGAAGGUGAUGGGGAAGAGGUUGACUGGGCAAGUAUUCCUUCAAAAGAAAUUCAACGCUAGUCUCCAGGAAAUAUUGGAACAUGGCAGUCAAUUCUUAUUGCAACCACUUUGGAGGAUUUGAUCAAAGUUAAAUUUAACUGUCAAAAUCAACGAGAAGAUAUAUGAAUACAUCAAAUUCAACUUGCAUUUUACAUUCGCAGCGAAUUAAAUUUGUUUUUUUUUCUCUCGAAAUUAUUAAACAUUACGAGAAGGAACAUAAAUCCUUAUUCGUAGUGCCUGAUUUUGUUAAAUCCGUUACCAGAUUAUGAAGAGAAAGGAAGAAAAAUAGUAUGUUUGAAGAUUUGCCAAAUUGGAGUACGUAUAUUGAUAGUGUACCGGUUUAUUUAGAUUACCGGUAAAUCUAAAUUAUUAAUGUUCGUUAUUUUAAGUAGGUAAUAGAACAGUAAUGGCUAAGUGUAUUAAAUUAUUACUCAGUUAAUAAUGGCAUCGCCUAUUUUGUCAAUCGGCGAUAAGACAUGAUAAUAAUGGGCACGUUUCCAUUUGAUUUCAUCAAAACACAUAAUAUGUCGCGUUUUCGAGUGUAGCGCGUUCCGAAGAUUAAGUUACGUAUACGCAGAUCUAGUCCCCGGGCGGGUUUUUGAAAUAUCAUUUUAACUCCAACAUUGGAUCAAGUAUUUAUAAUUUAUUGUUCGAAGAAAUGUUUAUUUUGACAUCGCAUUUAUACUGAUGAUAUGUUAACCUCAGCCGACGAAAUGUGUCUAAAUGUGAAAUUUGAUACAAUUUUUUCCUAUGCAAGCCGUUACAUUCAACGGAAACUGAAAUUAUUGUAGCGAUGUUGGAGGUCCGUAGACAAACGUGGUUUUAAAUUUAUGCCAGUUAUUAAUCAAUUUCACGAAAAACGUUUGUAAUUAAUUCUUGCGUGACUACGAACUUCGAUGUAAUUUAAUGUUAGUUGAAUGUUGUUAAUUUAUCUGUGAAUAUCUGUAAAUAUCGUUCGUUUUGCUAACACAACUAUAUUUCAUUUGUUAUCAUAUAAUAAUAAUACGAAAGAUGAACCUAUUCAAUUCUUUUUUUUUCCGUUAGAUAAUCAAGAGUGAACCGUGGAAAAUACAAAUGUGCGGACUUAUUUACGAGUACACUUCGGGUAAUGAAUUCUGAGAACUUGUGAUGUCAAAGUUGAAACACAAGAAAAAUAUUUUCUUUCUCCGAUUUCUAUCAAAGUCUAGACGAACAUUUGGAUCUCAAGAAGAAUUUUUGCACCCUUGGUGAAAGAAUAACUGUUCAUUUCUCAGAAUUCAUCCACAGCAAUUUACUUGUAUUUUGUCGACACAAUAUGAUGCACAAUUCACUUUUAAUCACUGUAAAUAUCGUUUGAAUGCAAAUUUUGUGAAUAAUCCACUUAAUCAGUUGAACACUUCGAUCCUCACAUAUUCUGUCAUUAUAAAAUAAUAUUCUAUUUUACUAUUGGCAAAUAAAUGCAGUUAUUACAUACAUACGAUAUAUUAAGGGAUGUAAUACCCGUUUCUAUAGGUAAUUCUAGUUAGGAAUAAAAAAUAUAGAAUAAUAAUAAAUAUGCGCGCAAGGUUGGAAAGAAUGUGUACUUGAAGCUUUGAAAUAGAUUAGUUGAAUCGUUAUUGAAGCACUUUUAUCGCGAAAAUCUGAAGGGGAUCGUCGUGUCGCAGUGAGAAGAAUAUUGCGCGAAAUUUAAUUUGAGUCGUGUCAACCAAAUGAAUCUAAUUAAAUUUCUCAAAUUUUGAGUGAAAACUUAACCAAUGUUCAUUCAAGCAUGGUGAGAAAGGCUCACAUUUAUACAUGUAUUGGUAUAAGGAUUAAUAUAAUUGAAAAACUUUUUUGAGCGCUGAAUGUGUGUAGGAUAUGAAAAUUUGAAACUUGAUCUUGUUAUCAAACACAAUCCCCCUCCCCCAACCAUAAAAUGUGACUAGAUUCUAAUAACCGGCCAUUUCGAUAGCUGCUACUUUCUGAAAUUACACCCUAUGUGUAGCGAAAUUAUACAUGCAUUUAAAAAUAUCAAUUACAGCAUGCUGCAAUGGUUUGGAAAUUACUUCAGCUCACUAAUUAUGGUUUUCAGUUUAAUUGGAGCACGGGCGAAUGUACAAAGCAAUGUUAGAUAAUCCUUUCAUUGCGUGUUAUUUUUAUAAGGGUGAACGAUUAGCUAUUAGCAUUUGCAACUAGGGAUAAGUGCGGCGAUUAUGACAAAAUAAUACAACGAUUGUAAAACUCUUUUAGGUUUAAGGAGUAACUGUUUUCACGUCGUUUAUAAAAUCUAUCGAGAUACUAAGGAUGCUUACUAUUUCGAAGAUUUUACACAAAACAGUAUAAUGAUUUUGUCAUUAUUGUUGCAAUCUUAGUUUUUGUUUAUAUAAUAUAUAAGGAACAAUGAGGUUGUCUGCAAGUAUAUUGUUCUUAAUGAAUUAACGAUUUAAUGUAAGAUAUAAAUAUAGUACGUAUACAUAUUCGUUAAUCAAUAAUAUUAAUAAAUACGAUAAAAUAAUAAUAAUAAUAGUAAUCACAAUAUCUUAAACGUAAAUGUGGGAAUGAAAUUUUCAUGGACUAAGAAAGAAACGAACCGUAGAAAAAGGAAACGAAAAACUAACUAAACACGCGAGAUUACUAGGUUUAUGUAUUGAGCUUCAAUUUUCACUUUCCUCUGCAAAGGGUACAUGAGGUGCUCUUUAUUUUUAAUGGCAGAUGUGAUCGUCGGUUGUUCGAUUUUCGGAUGUUAAAGAAAUAGAACAGAUAAAAAAGAAAAAAAAAAAAACAGGAAGGAAAAAUUAGUAACCCUAA